AGUUCUAUAAAGACCAAAUUCCAAGGUUUAAGGAAGCACGAUACGCUGCCGUAUCGGCGGAGGCAGUCUGUUAUAGGUACGCAGAGCGGUCAGCACAUACGUUCACAUUUAGAAAUGCCGAAGCAAAAGAAAGUUUGUAUCAUUGGCUCCGGUAACUGGGGCUCCGCAAUUGCCAAAAUCGUAGGAGCCAAUGCGGAACGGCUGGACUAUGUGGACAGCAGGGUCACGAUGUACGUGUACGAAGAGAUGGUGGAGGGACGCAAGCUGACGGAGAUCAUAAACGAGACCCACGAAAAUGUGAAGUAUCUGCCCGGGCACAAGCUGCCCCCUAACGUGGUGGCGAUACCUGACGUGGUGCAGGCGGCGGAUGGAGCGGACGUGCUCAUCUUCGUGGUGCCUCACCAGUUCAUCCGCAACAUCUGCGCGUCGCUCCUCGGUCGCAUCAAGCCGGAUGCUGUCGGUCUCUCCCUUAUAAAGGGUUUUGACCACGUCGAAGGUGGAGCCAUCGACUUGAUCUCGAAUACGAUCAGCCGCUUACUGAAGAUCCAAGUUUGCGUCCUCAUGGGAGCCAACCUGGCCAGCGAGGUGGCUGCCGGCAUGUUCUGUGAAACCACCAUCGGUUGCAGAGACAAGCGCGUGGCUCCACUCUUGAGAGACCUGAUUCAGACAGAGAAUUUCAGAGUUGUCGUCGUGGACGACGUGAACGCUGUCGAGGCCUGCGGAGCCCUCAAGAACAUCAUUGCAGUUGGCGUGGGGUUUGUGGAUGGGCUGGGUUACGGCGACAACACCAAAGCGGCCGUCAUCAGGCUGGGACUCAUGGAGAUGAUAAAGUUUGUCGACGUUUUCUUCCCCGGUUCCCGGCUGUCCACCUUCUUCGAAAGCUGCGGUGUGGCUGACCUCAUCACGACCUGUUUCGGCGGCAGGAACAGGCGCGUCGGUGAAGCAUUUAUCAAGACUGGAAAGUCGAUUGAAGAGCUGGAGAAAGAGCUACUGAAUGGACAGAAACUACAGGGACCCAUCACAGCGGCAGAGGUGAACUUCAUGCUCAAGAGCAAAGGCAUGGAGGCGAGAUUCCCUCUGAUGACAGCCGUGCAUAAAAUCUGCACCGGCCAGAUGAAGGCUGCGGACCUGCUAGAGAAUGUCCGGAAUCACCCGGAACACAUCAUCCGCACAGAGCCGCCGACUCCGGACAGUGAAGCGGGCAGCGUGUAGGGGUGAGGCAGAAGGCAUACAAACUUCGGCGCUCUCCACUCUCCUCCAACCACAGCCCCCCAACCUGCCCUGCCCCUCCUCACCGGCAGAAGAGAACCCCCUCGAGGCAUCGAGGUGCUGAGACGCUUCCUCGGAGCCACAAAUGGACCGGCUGAGCGUCCAGCAGUGUCGUCCUCUGUUCGGCGUCACCGGUUUGCUUCCUUGUAGCGACUGGAAGUAAAUAUUUUGUAAUCCCGAUUGCGAACUAAAUGUUGUUGCAAAAAGGUGUGCAAAAUUGUCUCGGAAGUAGCACAUACUUUUGCUGGGAUCUAGAAAGGUAAAAGGGAUGCUCUGUUAUGAUGAUGAAGCAUAUAGUUUUUAAGAGGUAAAUAUGUUUAGUCGCCAAAAGUCCGGAAACGGAGUGAGGCACAUUUACUGCCCUCACUUUUUUGGAUUAUUGGCUAGUUUCUCCACAUGUACCUGACUGUUUAAAUAUUUUUAUUCCGCAUGAGAGUUCCUCAAAGAAAUUUGUUAAAAUUGUUCCGAGUUGCCUUUUGUCGUAAGUUAAAUAGCUAUAUGUCAUUACAGUUUGGAGCAAGUCUGAGGCUUAUUUAUUGCGACAGUGGUGCAAAAUGUGAUAUACUAACUUGCUGUAUGUUUUACAAUACAUACUUUUCUGUGCUGGUCUAGCAAGGAAAAAUGAGCAUAGCAGAAAUAUUUUUACUGGUAAAGCUUGUAUUCCAAUCUCAAGUCUUUGUAAAUUAAUUUAUAUUUGUGUUUGUCUACAUACAAUUUUAUAAAGCUAUGCUCACUAGCGAGUUUUAAAUGAGAUACAUUGGAAACUGUAUAUGAUAACAGCUGAUCAUUAAGUAUCUGGCGUGAGUCUAAGGAGGAGACAGUUUAUAUGUCAUUAUAAAAAGUCAUAAACACUGCUCUGCAUAUACAAUAUCACGAAGUAAUAUCUGUAAAUGAUUGCAUGUCAUUGCACCUGUCAAGUGUCUAUAAAGAUAUGGUAACCAUAUUUUUUAUAGUUUCCACUAUAAAGGGAAAAGAUGGAAGUUCAAAGUUUUAAAGUGUUCUGAAAUUUGUCUUCCAUAAGUCACAUGUGAUACUACAGUGGCAAUACAUGUAUGAUGUAUGUUAUAAUAUGUAGGCAGCAAUUAUUUAGUCAUUUGUAAACAGGAACAUAAGAAAAUAGCAUUUUCUGAACUUAUAUUUAAUGAUGAAUGUGUUACUUUUGGAAUAUAUGAUACAUCAUCACAUGUGAUUACUUCUUUCCCGGUUGCUGUUAAUUGCAUAAAAAAGAUUUUUAUGCAUAACUGUAUCUCUCCUUAGUGCAUUAUUGAGAUUUUGGCUGGAUGAAGAAACAAAAUAUGAAUCCGUAUGGAUAAGAAAGGAAUGGUGCUGCAAUAAAUCACAGUGAGUUUUCUCAA